GAAGGAGCAUGAGCCAUUUGCAGAACUUACUGUUAGAUUCGCUCCUGGGAACAAAGCAUGUGGACAGUGCAGCCCUCAUCAAACUCCAGGAGCGGAGCCUGUGUAUAGCAUCACCAGGAUUUAGUGUAAUGCCCAGUGAUGUUCGGACACUUGUGAAUGGAUUUGCCAAGAACCCUUUGCGAGCCAGAAGAGAAGGACUGUAUUUCAAGGAAAAGGACUACAAAUGUGUCCGGGCUGAUGAUUAUUCUCUUUAUGCUAAGAAUGAAAACACUGGUGUGGUUGUUGUGAAGACCCAUCUCCACCUUCUGGUGGCAACUUACACUGAGGGCAUGUAUCCUAGUGUCUGUGUGGAAGCCACAGAGAAGCUGGGAGAAUAUCUAAGAAGAAAAGGAAAUUAAGUUAUCAGAGGACUAUGAAAGACCGCUUUUAUAUUUUAGAAGAAAACUAUAGAUCCUAAAGAAAACAUGAUGCCUUAUUUUGUUGUUGAAAAACACUAGACAGAAGAUACCGAAAAGGCAGAAUGAGUUAAGGGAGCGAAUCAAGAGGUUCUCUUUUUUAAUUAGAAUUAUUUGAUUGAUUUUACUUGUUUUUUUUUUUUUAAGUGUUGGUCAUUGGCAUGAGUGUAAGAGCACUGACUGGUUCACAUGGUGUAUCCAU